GCUUCUGGAUCGAGCCACCUCUUCUAUCAACGUGUUUUUGGAUCAAAUCUGUUCUCUAUACUGUCGCCCCUGCUGCCACCGCAGUUUUCACCACCGUUGUCGCCACAGUUUCUGCCGUCGAUGCCACCGUAGUUGCCGUGGUACAACGUAUUUUCAGAUCUGUUCAUUCCCGAGCUUCUUCUUCAACGCCGCAUUCUCUCACUCCAAUUUCUCCUUUGAACUGCUGCUGAUCUCAUAUGAGAAGACAGCCACUAAUAAUAUAGCAGAUGCAGAGUUUUAUACUUCACCAGUUUCUUACUAUUGCUUUUGAACAAAGUUUGUUGAGAAUUGUAGAUUCCAGAAUCGUGACCUUGGAUCUCUCAUAGUGUACUCAGUUGAAGCCACAAUAAACGCAGAUUUUGUGUUAAAGGAAACCUGAAACUUCUGAUGCCACCACCAUAAUCAUUGGUCGUCUAGUCAUGCCAAGGGGCAAACGCAUAAAAAAUCCAUUAAAAUUUGUAGAUGAGAGGGAAAACAACAAUGCUUCUCGUUCACUUCAACCUCUAGCACCAGCAGCAUUUGAAGAUACCACUAGUGUAGAGGCUAGUGAGGCUCCUUCUCAAGCUCCUUCUCAAGCCGCUGCAAAUUCCAUUUCAUCUGAUGGAGCCACACGUUGUUCUAACUCAAAGUCUUCAUCUGCUUGGAAUGUGGAGAUAAUUGACUCUACAAAUAUGAAGAAGAAAGCUAAGAUCAAAGUCAAGGAUGUUUGCAACUUACCUAGGGGAGACCGUGUAAUUGUAGAGGUUGACGAAGAGGGUGCGGCAUAUGGUGAAGCACAAGGUUUACUUGCUGGCUAUUGUGGUAUAUUAGCAACUAAUGCACGUAUCUUUCCAAUUAGCUUUGAAAAGUGGUCAGGACAAGAAAAUGGUGGCAUGCCUAAGUCUUUUAAGGAUGAGUGCUUUGAUACAAUGAUAAAGCCCCACUUCCAUUUUACAAGCACAGAAAAGAUUGCCUACAGGUAUUGCAUUCAAAGUAUUGCAAAAAAGUGGGCAACAUAUAGGCAAAGAUUGUGGAAUGAGUUCUAUGAUCCAACCAUGAGAAGAGAAGCAUUGGUGAACAAUGUUCCUGAUGAUGUUCCAAGAGAUCAAUGGGCUUGCUUUGUCAAUUAUCGACUAAAACCGUCUACAGUUGAGCUUUGCAUGAAAAAUAAGGAAAAUCGAAGCAAGCAAACCAUUCCUCACACUUGUGGAUCUAAAUCCAACUCUCGGAGGCGACAUGAGAUGUACUUGGAAACGGGAAAGAAGCCUAGUAGAGGAAUGAUGUACAUUGAAACACAUAAGAGAAAGGAUGGGUCUUUUGUAAAUAACGAGGCAUUAACUAUAGUGGAACAAAUUGAGCUGAAUAUGACACAGUCAAAUACACAAUUUGAGGUGUCCCCUAAUGAUGCUGUUGGUAAAGUUUUGGGGCCUGAACACUCUGGGAGAGUUCGUUGCAUGGGCAUGGGAGCAGCGCCUACAAAUACCUUUAGGAAUGUGAGAAGUCGGCUUAAUGGGAUGACCAUCUCCACUAAUUCAGCUGGAUCUUCUUCGCCUACUACUUCUGCAAUUUUACAGGAAAAGAUCAAUAAUUUGGAGUCCGACUUACAUAAUUCACAGCAAAAGGUCAUUAGUCUAGAGUCUAAGUUGCAGCAAUCAUUUGAUAUGAUGAAAGCAUAUCUAAUGAUGAAGGAAGGAGGAAUUCCCGAAGCACUUGUUGGCUUUUUUUCUGCCCGCGAGGCUAAUGAUGCUGAAAGUGAGCCUACUACUCCCUUUGAUGCUAGGAGAUCAGCUGGUGAUAGUAAUGGACAUCCGAGGACAAAUAUUUGAGAUUUUUAUGUAAUUAGAUGACAUUGAAAUAUUGAAAUUAUUUUAUUUUACUUUUUAAAGAAAAACAGUAAUAGUUAUGUAAAACAAUACUAUAUGCAAUUAUGUUUGAAACUAUUGACUUUGAGAAUUUUUUUAUAUAUAGAGUUAUGUCUUAUA